AUACUGCAGAUUCGGUCUUGCUCAAAGCGACGACACACAGCAACCAUCAUCAUGCAGCGUAUAUUAUUGGCGUUCGCUUUAUUUGGCUGCGCUUUAGGACAAUAUGGUGCAUUUCGCGGUUUCCCAAAUCAAAAUGCUUAUCGACCGACACCUAGGCCAGCCUAUCAACCAACGGUUCAACCACAAUAUACACCCCAGUAUAGCCCUGGAAGGUUUAUAGCCAUACGUAGUCAACAGAAAGAUACCUAUCCAGAUGGAACUUACACGUUCAGUUACGAUACCGAAAAUGGGAUUUCGGUUGCCGAAAGCGGACGACCUCAAGGCACUUCACAGGGACAAAACGAGGUUGUCCAGGGCAGAUAUUCAUAUUCCGCACCGGAUGGAACUCCUAUCACCGUAGAAUAUACAGCAGACGAAAAUGGUUUCCAUCCACAAGGUGCACAUUUACCAACUCCUCCUCCUAUCCCAGAAGCAAUUAGACGAGCUCUCGCCGCUAAUCCACCCGGGCCUGAUGACUCAGAUUAUAGGCAACCAUAUAAUCCAAACCUUUACCGAAGAUAUUAAAUAAAAUAUUAACUAACUAAAUGAUUUUAAGAACUUCUAAGCUUGCAUUUAAUCUUUACGGCCUUACAUUACGACCAAAUGUCUGUACAUAUAUAUAUCGUAUAUAACGGAGAUACCAAGAUUCAAAACUAUAUAACAGUCACUAUACGAUAGAUGAAUAAAUCUUUUUUAUCUUUUCUCACU